CUCCCCGCGCCCGGCGGCGCCGCCGAAGCCAAGCGCGGGCAUAAAACCUGGGCUGAGUCCUGAGGCGUGAAGACUUGUUAACAUCGCUGAGAUUGAUGCUUAGACCCUCAAGAGAAGAGACUUUCUGACAGCCUGCUCCACUCCACCUGUCCCUAUGACUGGAGGGUUCACUGUAGCUCUCCAGUUCCACAAGAUGGGUUCAUUCAGAAGGCCACGGCCUCGCUUCAUGAGCUCGCCGGUCCUCAGUGACCUGCCACGGUUCCAGGCCGCCCGGCAGGCUCUGCAGCUCAGCUCCAACUCUGCCUGGAACAGUGUUCAAACAGCAGUGAUAAAUGUGUUCAAAGGGGGAGGCUUGCAGAACAAUGAGCUUUACACCCUCAAUGAAAAUAUCAGGCGGCUGCUGAAGAGUGAACUUGGAUCCUUCAUCACAGAUUACUUUCAGAACCAGCUCCUUGCGAAAGGCUUGCUGUUUAUAGAGGAGAAGGUUAAGCUGUGUGAAGGUGAGGAUCGCAUUGAUGUCCUGUCUGAAAUCUGGGAUCACUAUUUUACAGAGACUCUUCCUACACUCCAGGCAAUAUUCUACCCAGUCCAGGGUCAGGAGUUGACUAUCCGUCAGAUUGCUCUUCUUGGCUUCAGAGACUUGGUCUUGCUAAAAGUAAAGUUGGAAGACAUUCUUCCUCUGGUCCAGACAAAGCUCCCAGCUUCCAUUGUCCAGAUGCUGUUAAUUCUGCAGAGUGUCCAUGAACCUACUGGCCCCAGUGAGGGCUACUUACAGCUGGAAGAACUGGUCAAGCAGGUGGUAUCGCCGUACUUGGGCUUGUGUGAGGAUCACAGCUUCCCUGGUAGCACCUGCUUGCUUGAGAGACGAUACUCCAGAUCCCGUCCUAAGACUGGUGUACUGAAUUAUCCAUCUCACGUGGUGACAAGCUGGCAGCCCAGUGAGAUGGCCCUGACCCCACUGACAGAGCAGGAGGGUGAGGCUUACCUGGAGAAAUGUGGUAGCAUCCGUCGCCACACGGUUGCCAAUGCUCACUCAGAUAUUCAGCUCCUGGCAAUGGCCUCCAUGAUGCACACGGGAAUGGUGAUCGAGGAGUCAGACAGCACCGACAAAUGCCUCCUCCUGCAGCCCAGUUUUAGCCACAGGCAGUGCUCCAGUGAGCCCAGUAUUGCUGAUGGGCCAGAGGGAGUCCUGGCAGCAGGUAGGCAGGACCCCGCAGAGCUGAACUGCACAUCGGUCAGCUAGAAGCCUUGUGAGGAGAGGAGAACUGUAUGCACUAACCUGGACAAAGCAUCGUGUCAUCCCUGCUGGGAAAAAAAGAGAAAAACUUUGAGUUUUGCUCAUGUCAUUGAAAUGGCCUUGAGGGAUCUUACGUCUCUUUGGGAAUGCUUUCUAGAUUUGUUCUGCUUGUCUGUCUGGGAUCAUUGUUGAUGGAGGUACCAGGCUGCUCCCAAAUGGGCACUGAGGGCUGCAAAGGUUUUGCUGUUGAACAGUGCAGUCUACCUUCUGUCAGCUUUCUUCCUCUACUAGUCCAGACCUUUUUGCCUCAGGUUUCCUUCCGUUUCUUUGAUAUGAUACAAAUUAGCCUCUCUCUGCUUUUCUCCAUCUUUCCCAGCUUUAUGCUGCUUGUUUGCUUUUUGUCCCUGCAGCAGAGACCUCUGUGCUAAACGUUCUUUUUGCUCCUGGCACGAGGAUGGUGAUGGCUGAAGACUGCAUUUUUCUCUUUCAGAGUUGAACUCAGGGAUGAAACUAUUUGCAUCCUGCAGAAAGAUCUGAGCCACCUGAGAGGUGGCUCGUAAGUGAAAGAUAUCCUUCAAUUUGCCUCCCAUGGGCAGCCUAAAUUUGAACAAAUUAAACUGGUUUUUUUCUCCAGACCUGAAGAUAGAUGAGUAUACAUGGAGGCCCAGCUGAGUACUUCAUAUGUACUUUAUUUGGUUCCAGUCAUAACUCUGGGGGUGGUGGUGUAAAUUGAGUGCAAAGGGGUGGGUGGGUGUUUAAAUUGAAGAGCAAUAUAUAGUCCUGAACAUCCUGGCAUUUGGCAUCAAUUUGCUCUCAGAAUUUCAGUGGUGGUAGGGCUAUGAUGAAAGGAGAAACCUGACUGGAUUCCUUUGGGAAGGACACGCUGGGCAGAGUCUGCACUUGUGCGAGAGACAUGAAGCUGCUUCUCAGCCCUGGGCCAUCGUGAUUCCAGACCAGGAGGAGAUGAACGGGAAUUCAUCCUUGGGUUGUUCUGGUACUUUUAGCACUUAAAGAUUUCAUGAGACCAAAGAUAACUGGCGGCAGGGUGUAGAAAGGAGUCCUGCCUCGGCAGUGCAUUCAUGAAGUGCUCCUGACCUCCAGUGGUAUCUGACUCAGUGCAGUGUUGCUUUUAAGAUAAAGCGAGGGCUCUCUGCAGUCUUUGUUUUUGUUUUUAUUUUGAAGAUUAGGAGUGGGUCCAGUUUGCAGGCGUCUGUGUCAGGCGCUGCAGUCCGCAGUGUCUGCUCUGUAUCUGCUCUGUAGCAUCACUUGGUACUCAAAUACUGCUUCGAAGGGAACAGAACCAAUCUGUUGGAGCAGUCCCCUGGGAUGCUCUGCUGUCUUGCUAAGCAGAUUUGCAAGUGUAAUUACAAGCUUAGAGGUGAACUGAAAUGCUGCCUUAAAUGUCAAAUCCCAUUAAAAAUAUGCAUAUAGCACCA